AUGGACAAAAAGGAGAAGAAAGGAGGCAAAGACAAAGGCGACAAAAAAGCAAAAAAAGACAAGAAGGAUGGCAAGGACAAGGACAAGAAGUCCAAAAAGGAGAAGAAGAGGAGAGAUAAUGAUGAUCUAUCUGAUGAGUUCGAAAACCCUGCAGCGAAGCUGCCAGUGGAAGAAACGCAGGCCAGCAAGACGAAAGAUAAGGACAUGGAGGAAGAGCUGUUCGGGAACCUGGAGGACGAGGAGGAGAAUAAGAAUGCCCCUUUGCCGGUGAAGCACGCGCCGCAAGAUGAUACGGAGGCCCUCAUGGAGCAAGUGGAGGAGCAAGUCGAACGAAACAAGCAGAAAGACUCCGGCAAAAAGGCGAAGAAGGAGAAGAAGCUGAAAAAAGACAAGGACAAAAAUAAGAAGGACAAGAGCGCAAAGAAAGACAAGAAGCGGCAAGAAGCUGCUUUCAUCGACGUGCCCUCCAACGUGGUGGAGCACCCUGAGCCGGAGAUGCAGAUCCCACCAGCAGUCGACAAGGACCUCGACGACGAAGAUGACGACAUCUUCGAGAAGUUCGACCUUGGCGCGGAAAAUCUUCAAUUUGAUGACAGCGAGCACUUUUCGGACAGGGCGCCCAGCAGCGUCCAAUUCAAUGUCAAUUCCUCCGGUGGUUUGGCAGCUGGUAGCUCACCGGGUCGAACACGGCGCGCUCGGUCCGCCAGCCCCUCGCCCGGCAGUGUGGGCAAGCGCCGCCGGAGAUCCGCCACUCUUCCAGCACCUGAGGAGGAAGCAGAGCCCGAGCCCCUUGUCGCGAAGUGGGCGCAAGUGAUGGAGUCCAUCAAACCACGGCGAGGUCUCGUCAUCAAAGACGAGGAGGCCCACGUGUUUGUCGAGGGCUUCGUCAAGAAGAUGGAAGCCAUUGCCGCGGAAGACUUGGAGGAUUUCCAGCAGGGAAAGCCCAUGUUGAAGAAGCUGCAGAUGCUUCCAGAGGCAAGAGAGGUGAUGGAGAAAUUCCAGUUUUCCGAUGCCUUCAUUGCGUAUGGUGGGUGCAAGAUCCUUGCAGUCUGGCUGCAGAAUCUACCUAAUGGGCAGCUGCCGUCGGUGCACAUCCGCUCCGUGCUGCUGGAAUGCAUGGAGCGCUUGCCCAUCACCAAAGAUGCCUUGCGCGACGCGGGGGAACCCCGCCUCGGACAGGUCGUAGCCAAACUCCAGACCCAUCCAGAGGAGACCCCGCGCAACCGAAAGCGUGCACGGGGCUUGGUGCAGAGAUGGCUACGUCAGAUAAUGAUCCCAGAUGAAAUGGAUACUUUGGAGGGCUUCCUGGCCGAAGGUGAUAAGGUCGGGAGCAUUCCGCGACCGCCGCCAGAGACCGAAGAGAGCUUGGCCCUGCAGGAGGAAGAGAGCGCCAAGCGCCUUCAUCCUGCUGUGCCGGUGAUUCAGGGCAAGGAAUACGUGAUCCAGCCGAUUUCCACUGCACAGCCCGUUGCUCGCGAGAAACCGGCCAAAGACACCUAUCAGGGCAAGCUCGACGAAGUCUUAAAAGUCAUGGCUAGGCCAAACAAGAGGUCUUGGAAGCCUUACUCCGUGUCCAUUGCUGGUAGACAGCUGAAUGCCGAAUGA